AUGUCCAAGAAGAUUAGCCAGCCACAGAUUGCAUCUCCGGUUGAUAAAAUAGAGCUGGAGAGUCAGUUUCUCAUACGGUUUCCAGAGGAUCUGGCAAAAAUUGUGCACGAGUCCAUAGAAGCAGGCAAUAUAAAUGAGAAAUUGGCCAUUCAGCUGGACACCGAUUUGCGAUACGGUGAGGUGCGCCUGAACAAUCAGCUGCUGCACGCCAAACUUGUUGAUCUACCCACCAUUAUAGAGAGCUACAAAACAGCUGACAAUACGAAUUUGUAUAAAACAGCUGAUAUCUGUCAGCUGCUCGUUUGCAAUCGCGAGCGGCCAAGGGAAUCGGAGAAGGACCGUCUCAAGCAGGCAAGAGGCAGCUGCCAUACAGUCGAAUCCAAUUCGGAUACAGAGCUCGAAAGGACGCCCCAUAAGAAGAGUGGAAAGCGACCCAGCAAACAGAUCGGAAAACCGCCGGAAAAGCCAUCGCCCAAGAAGCCCGGAAGACAACCCAAGAAACAGCAGGCGCCCGGUAAGCGGGCCGUCAGGAAACAAAGCGAAACGCAGGUUGAUCUUAAGGAUGCACCACUUGAAGAGGACAAGGAAAAUAGAAUAUCGCCAAUUUUAGAGAGCAAUCGAGAUUUCCUAAAAGUGGACGAAAAAUACCUGUGGCCCCAUGGCCUGACGCCGCCCUGUCGCAAUCUGCGUCGACGUCGCCUGAACAACGCACUGAAAGAUAAGAAUGUCGAGCCUCCCGAACCGGAUAUCCUACGUGAGGUCAAAUAUCUGCUGCGCAUGGACAACGAGGCAGUACGUGUGGACUACGAAGUGAUCAAUGAAUCGGGCAUGAUACCUGGACUGAAUCUAUCCGAUACGAGCAGCGGGGAUGAGCUGACAGACGAAGCAAUGCAAUAA